AUGUCAGCUCUACUUAAGAACCGUCUACAAGAAGAAAGAAAACAAUGGCGUAAAGACCACCCAUUCGGAUUCUAUGCUAAGCCAAUAAAAGGUGCAGAUGGAUCAUUAGAUCUUCAAAGUUGGGUUGCUGGUAUUCCAGGCAAAGAAAACACAAUUUGGGAAAAUGCUGUCUAUCCAAUCACUUUGACCUUCCCAAAUGACUAUCCUUCAAAACCACCAAAAGUUAAAUUCCCUGCUGGAUUUUAUCAUCCAAAUGUUUACCCAUCAGGUACUAUUUGUUUGUCUAUAUUGAAUGAAGAUCAAGAUUGGAGACCAGGUAUCAAUUUAAAACAAAUAUGCUUAGGUAUUCAAGAGUUGCUAGAUACCCCAAAUCCAGAUUCUCCAGCUCAAGAACCAGCUUGGAGAGCAUUCGGAAAAGAUAGACCAACAUAUGAAAAGAAAGUGCUUGAACAGGCAAAGAAAUAUGCCAAAUAA